AUGGCGACAAAACUGACCAAGGGACAUUUUUAUGUACUGUAUCAUAUACUUUUACUGUGUUUUAUUAUGUAUCUAACUGUGCAGAUUAACAGCGUCAUUCCUCAAGGAUAUUCUAGGCAGGAAUCAAAGUUCGGAAAUUCUAACACUCAGACAUUCUUGGAUAAAUUAAGACUUGUGGCGGAAGGGGGUGGUGAUAUUUCGGAAAAUGAGGAGGAAUAUAAUCAAAAAGACGAAAGAACUGAAAAAAUAAGAGUUCGUCGGAAUACGGGUAUCUUUGAAAAUCUCACAAGAGGACUAUUUUCAAAUUUUGUUAAUAGAUCGUAUGCUAUACGUCACGAGCAGUGGAUAGAAGAAAUAAUGCCCAGUUUGAUCGCACUGGAAAACAUUGUUAUUCGUGAAGCGCAGAAGACGAAACUUGCUUUUCAACGAGUCAAUAUUAAACUUCGUGAGCUUGAGGCAGCCGUUCAGGGACUGGCUACAUCUUCCAUUAGCGACACAACAACCGAAGCCGAUACCGAUACAUUUACAACUCUUGAACCGGAACUUAUGGCAUUAACAAACACAUCUGAGGCUUACAACACGACGGACGAAAUGGAAAGCUCCGGAGACGUCGAAGGUCUAGAUUAUGUUACGGCCUUACCAGCGAGCUACAACGAUACACAGAACUAUGUCUUCGACAUGAAUAAUCUACUGAAACCGUUGUACAUCAUUAUAGAAGAAUUGGAACAUAAAGUUUCGGAGCAAAAGGCUUAUGCUGCUAGAACGGAGGUUAACCAGAAGAACAUGCAGACCUCACUGUACCAUUUAGAAGAUACCAUCAACGAUGAACAGAGAAAACUUCGGCAACUCGCCACUGAAUCCAGUCAUCACCGUUCUAGAAUGGCCAGUAUAGAGAACCUGAUCAACACACUUGAUGGAACUGAAAUUAGAGUCAAUGCUAGAAUUAAUCGCCUAGAAGAUGAACAAGCAGAUCUAUUCGAUAUGAUAGAUGAACAUGGUGAAAAUUUCCGUGAUAUGAAACGCUCUAUCUAUAAAGCUACGCAAACUGUUAAAGAUUUGGAAGGAGCAGAUACAGUUCACGAACGAGACACUCGGACACUCCAACAGAACUUGUCGAGGCUUCAACAGCUGAUGACUCGUAUUUAUGGAACAGUUGAUAGUUCAGUUCAUGAUCUACGAGAUGAAAUCAAGGGUGAUUUAUCCAGACUGUGUUUUAACAAUAAACAAUUAGUUUGUUGA